AUGAAGCAUGAUAUUGAAGUAACCUCAGAUUUUCAAUGCAAUAAGAAGCCUGUAAAAGGUACAGCGAAAUGGAGCCAGAUUGAAACAUUUUAUCAGUUGGACAAAACCAACCCCAAUUUAGUUUAUGCUCCUCAACUGACAGAUAAUCAUUUGCGUCCAAAUUGUCAGCAGAAAAUGAGAGUAAAGUUAGCAGCACAAGUGUUUAACCACUCUGUUACAACUGGCAUGUUAAUGAAAAUUGCUCAAAAUAAUUGGUAUACAACUGUAAGUUUAGCUAGAGAGCUCAUGAAAAACGAAACACAUUUGAUCGGAACUUUACGCAAAAAUCGCAAACAUUUCCCUAAAGUUAUUGUUUCCACCAAGCUCAAAAAAGGCGAGUUUAUUGCCAAAGAAAGUGAUGACGGUAUAACCGUUUUAAGAUGGAAAGAUAAGAGAGAUGUUUUAGUCCUCUCCACGAAACAUUCAACGCGUUUUCUGCCCAUCAAUAAACAUAAUAAAAACAACUAUGAAACCGGCUAUAGUUCUUGA